AUGAAAGACGGAAAACGUCAGAAAACUCUCAAGAACGAAAUUAUAUGGCUAUGGUGUGCAGAUAUAUCGUCGAAGACAAUAGCAUGGACUGUUGGAUGCAGCCGAUCAACUGUUGUUGACUGGUCUAACUUUUUACGAGAAGUCUGUACCGAAAAACUUAAUGUUGCCCCACAAAUGGGAGGCACUGAAGAAGUUGUCCAAAUUGACGAGGCACUUUUUCGUGAUAAGCUAAAAUACAACCGCGGACGACUUUUACUUGGUAAUCAAAAUAAUAACAACAACACAACAAAUGGACUGAUUACGAACCUUACACACGAAAACAGAAAAAAUUCAAGCAGAUGGCUUAGUUGGGCUCCCAGCGACCGCCGACCGAAGAUAAAAAUGUCUAAGAAGGGUACGGCAAUGACUUAUGUUCCUGAUCAAACUAGUAAAUUAUUUUUGAAUUUAAUCUCUAAUUGUUUACGUAUGAAUGGAAACGGUUAUCCUUUACCAUCGUCAAUAACGCAGAUGGUAACAGAAUAUAUUCGGUUGGAAAUUCGUACAAUCUAUUUGAAUUAUUUUUCUUGUCAAUCAUCCAAUUAUUUAUCAAAAUCGCUGUUUGGCAAUCUUUUAUAUUUAUUGAGACAUAAUCAGACAAGAUUAAAACGUUUAAGGCAAUAUAUCAGAAUAAAAGUGCAAUCAAAACAUUUAACAGAACAGAACGAAACAACAACAACAAACAUGACCACUACAUCGAAAUGGUCCAUUUACGAACGAUUUAAUAAUUUAUGUGGAACACUGGCUAUCAAUAUAGAAGAAAAACAAACAAAUGAUAAUAUAUGUAUCAAUGAUGUUGAUGGUAAUAUGGAAUGUAUCGAUAAACAACGUUAUCGUCAGUUUUCUCGUUUCGAUUGUUAUUGUAAAACAUUAAAUGAAAAAGAAUAUCUAGAAUUAAUCGAAACACAACAUCGUCUGUUUGCUCGUCUUCAUUAUUGUUCAGAUAAAAAUAUUCUCAAUUGGUUACAAAUACCACUUGAAAAAUAUGCUUCAAAAUCAUCCACAACAGUUCUUUCAAAUGAUUUACAUUUAUCGGAAAUGAUUAUAUUCAUGCUGAAAGAAAUCGUAUUGGAUUUAGCUGAUGAUUGUCUAGUGAAACGUACUUUAACUAAUCAGAAUGAUCAAAAAGCAAUACAAUAUAUAGAAAUGAAAAAUAUCUUUAGACGAAAACAAUUGAAACAACAUUUGCGUCUGCCAUAUACCGGAAGAAGAGUAGAUGCUGGAAUUAAACAAACCAUUUUUUGCUCUUCAGCAGGUUAA